AUGGAUGAGGAACUGCGCCUCGAAGGGAGCUGGAGGGCCAGCCUGAGUCCAAGCCCAGUGAAGACAAGCUGGGGCCUGCGGACCCCGUGCACACGUGUGGGCUGGGUGCACGGCGGCCACCAGGCUGCAGGGGCAUGGGCUGCGGGGAGCAGCCCCCUGCUGCAGAGGAGGCCGGAGGGCGGCCAGACUAAACUGUUCUCUCCCGACACCAGGUCCCGGCUGGCAGACUUCCAUGCCAAUUGUCGCACCUCCUACCAGACGCUCACCAGCUGCCCUGCCGACAAUUACCAGGCAUGUCUGGGCUCCUAUGCCGGCAUGAUAGGGUUUGAUAUGACACCCAACUAUGUGGACUCGAGCCCCACGAGCAUUGUGGUGUCCCCCUGGUGCAGCUGUCGUGGGAGUGGGAACAUGGAGGAGGAGUGUGAGAAGUUCCUCAGGGACUUCACUGAGAACCCGUGUCUCCGGAAUGCCAUCCAGGCCUUUGGCAACGGCACAGAUGUGAACUUGUCCCCUAAAAACCCCUCAUUCCAGGCCACGCAGGCCCCUCGGGUGGAGAAAACGCCUUCUUUGCCUGAUGACCUCAGUGAUAGCACCAGCCUGGGGACCAGCCUCAUCAGCACCUGCACAUCCAUCCAGGAGCAGGGGCUGAAGGCCAAUAACUCCAAAGAGUUAAGCAUGUGCUUCACAGAGCUCACGACCAAUAUCAUCCCAGGGAGGAACAAGGUCAUCAGACCUAACUCAGGCCCCUGCAGAGCCAGACCCUCAGCUGCCUUGACUGCUGUCUCCCUCCUGAUGCUGAAGCUGGCCUUGUCGGUGCUGGGAGCCGCGUCGGGAGAUUGCUGAAAGCUACACAAAUGAGAACCCCUGCCUGACAAAAUGGAAACACACACAGACACACACACACACCUUGCAAAAAAAUUUUUUUCCCACCUUGUCUCUGAACCGUCUCCUCCCAGAUAUCUUCUUUGGAGAAGUUUUUCUAAACCAACAGACAAGCAGGCAGGCAGCCUCAGAGCUGGCCCAAAGGUCCCCCAGCAAGGGGAGCCCAGUGCAGAGGAGGGCACAGGAGUCUAGAAAUGCCCUUACUUCGUCCUGGUGUUUUCCUCUCUGGACCCUGGUGACGUAAGAGACUGAGGCGCCCCCUGCAGCCCAAGGGACUGUGCCUGUGCUGAUGUGGGCUGGGGCAGGAUGACGACAGCUGCUCCUCUCAAGCUGCCCACUCGGGGGACCCUCCAGGGGACUGGCAGAGGGUGUUGGGCAGCAGAGCAGUGAGGCUGGCCCCUGGGGGUCCAGCUGGGCACCUUCAUCACCUCCGCUUGGCUUCAAGGAUGGAGUUGAUUUUGUCCUCCCUGUCUGCGGACUGAGUGGGUCUGCGUCUGACCUGGGAACCCCCAGGGCUGCCUGUGGAGGGGCACUGCCCCCCCUGAGUAGCACGGAGGGGCAGGGGCCAGCUCUGGGGGGGGCUUGGGAGCUCAGCCCGCCAGGAGACCCCGUUGGGAGGAAGGAGCAAACUGGAGCACCAGCUCAAGGCUGUGUCUUCCUCCUCCGUGGCAAGAAUUUUGAAAUCAGAAAUGAUUCUUUGUUGGCUCUUUUGGUUUCUCAUAGGUCCAUUUGGCGGGUCUCCCUUCAGGGAGAGGGGACGCUGAGAGGGGCAGAGAAGAGCAGGGGGGAUGUCUCCCUGCACCACGCUGUGGUCUCGCAGCUCUCUCGUCCUCUCUCCUCCCUGCUCCUCCCUCCCACCUUCUUUUUCCUAUUCCUGAGACGUCGCCAAGUGUAUGUACAUAACAAGGCUCCUUUCUCAACAUAUAUGUAUAUACACAUCCAUAUACAUAUAUCGUGUGGUCUCCCCUUUCUUUCCUUUUUUAAAGAAACUAUCGAAAUAAUACCCCAGCAGAUAAGCAAAAUGUAUUAUUGUAAAGUUUAUUUUUUUUAAUAAUGUUGUCUAUAAUGGCAAAAAAAGGAGAUUGACUGCUCCCCAUGUCCCUGCUGGAGUCGGGCUGACUGGGCUGUGGAAGGGGCUCCUGAUCCGUAUUCAUGCUUAGCCAAGGCUCCAAUAAACGUACUAGGAGGCAGUUUGCCUUC